AUGAUGGAUCGAGUUGUGCGGCCUACCGAUCCCGACGCUCUGGUCCUUGAGGCAUGGGGUCAGGGAUUAAUGGUCGGCAGCCUUCUCAUAAUGGCUGCUAUCACUGCGGCCAAUAUGAAGAGACACAUUCUUUUGCAUAAACUGAUUCUUGCAGAGCUUAUUCUCGCAAUGGCUCACGGUACAUUCAUUUUCCCUCAUGAGCCUACAUACGGCUGGUAUCUCUCUGUGACGGCGAUCGGGUUAAAUAUUUCCUGGGUAUUACACAACAUCAUUUCAUGGAUGAAAAUUCGACCUUUCCUUUCGCGCAAAGUCUCAAUAUUCUACAUCGUCACUAUGGUGCUCUGUUGGCCCUAUUGGAUAUUGGAGAUAUAUGCCAACUUCACCUAUUUCAACAACAUCAAUGACAUCUUCCUCAAGACCCGGCCGCUUGAACCACUCUUUCGGGAUCCUUGGUGGGUUCUAACAGGCCUUUGCCUCUUCUGGACGAUCAAACGUGAAUACAAUUUCAAACUCUGGGAGCUCAUAGUUGUCAGCCCGCGAUUUGGCGUGAUGCUUGCUUCAAUGAUUCUAUCGAUCGCGUUUAUUGUUGUCGAUACUUGCAGCGUUCUCAACGCUUUCAAGGGCUCGGAUCUUCCCACGGGCGUGGAGCCUUUCUGGAAGUUAUCAUUUAUCUUCAAGUGCCUAUGCGACACCGUUAUCCUGGACGACUUCAAAACAGCCCUCGAUCGACUUCGAACUUACUGGCUACGCAAACAAGCCACCGGCGAGGGAUUCUACCCACUGAGUGGACAGGGACAAGGACGAGAACGAAGUGAUGAUAUCGAAUCAAGUCAGGGAAAAAUUGUCACGCACAAACUCGUGCGAAUGGACAAUCCUUCUAUUCCACGAGCGCUUCUCAGUCGGAAGGAUGCUCCAUAG